CGCGGCCUGGCCCUCGCCUCACAAUGAAUGGCCGUUUCUAGCGGAGAAAGUGAGGGAGAGCGCGAGCGUGUCGGACGCGUCCAUCCAAACGCUUCGUAACGGCUCUCGAGCGAAGCGGAGCGGAGUUCUGCAGUGGUGCUGGCCAUAGCGCCAUGGCUCAGACCCUUCAGAUGGCGAUCCCAAACUUCGGCAACAACAUCCUGGAGUGUCUGAACGAGCAGCGGCUGCAGGGCCUGUACUGCGACGUGUCCGUGGUGGUGAAGGGCCAUGCCUUUAAAGCCCACCGUGCUGUGCUGGCCGCCAGCAGCUCCUACUUCCGUGACCUCUUCAACAGCAGCGCCGGCAGCAAGACGCCCACGGUGGUGGAGCUGCCACCGGCCGUGCAGCCGCAAAGCUUUCAGCAGAUCCUGGCCUUCUGCUACACUGGACGGCUCAGCAUGAACGUGGGCGACCAGUUUUUGCUCAUGUACACGGCCGGGUUCCUGCAAAUCCAGCAGAUCAUGGAGAAAGGUACGGAAUUCUUCCUGAAGGUUAGUUCCCCAAGCUGUGAUUCGCAGGGCCUUCAUGCAGAAGAAACUCCCCCAUCCGAACCUCAGAGUCCAGUCACUCAGACAGCCACCGGGGCUUCGGCCAAUGGCGGAGGCGGUGGCGGAGGAGGAGGAGGGGUGGUUGCCACUGCAGCCAGCCGCCCCGCGUCCUGCUUGACCCCGCUGCCCUUGGUGUCUAGAGUGAAAACGGAGCAGCCCGAGGCUUCACCCUACUCUGUAGUUUGCACCCCUGUGGCCAAAAGGCUUUGGGAGGGCGGCAGCCGAGAGGGCGGUGGAUCUGGAGCCUCCGGCGGAGGUGGGAUCCGGAAAGCCGCCCGCUUUUCCCAGGAAGCGGCGCGAGGAAGCGCCAUCCAGCCACAGGGACUACCCAUGGGCUUGGCGGUAGCACCAGGAGGCACCAACGGCAACGGUAAUGGCACCAGCAGCGGUGCCACCCCAGAGGGCACCAGCCCAGGUACCAUGAGUGCCUAUGCCAGCGACUCGCCCAUUUCCUACCACGACGAUGAAGAAGAGGAGGAAGCUGUUGAAGACGGCACCGAAGAGCAGUACAGGCAGAUCUGCAACAUGUACACCAUGUACAGCAUGCUUAACAUGGGCGCUGCAGCAGGUGAGCGAGUGGAGGCUCUCCCAGAUCAUUCAGAGACUCGGAGCCGGAUGCGCGGGAGGCAGGACCUGGCAUCUUUGCCGGCCGAGCUAAUCGCGCAGAUCGGCAACCGCUGUCACCCCAAACUGUACGAGGAGGGCGACCCGGCCGAGAAACUGGAGCUUGUCACAGGCACAGGUGUGUACAUCUCGCGAGCCCAACUGAUGAACUGUCACGUUAGUGCAGGAACCAGACACAAAGUCCUGCUGAGGAGGCUGCUGGCUGCUUUCUUUGAUAGGAGCACUCUGGCCAACAGCUGUGGUACCGGCAUCCGCUCCUCUACUAACGACCCCAGCCGCAAGCCGCUGGACAGCCGCGUCCUGCACGCAGUCAAAUUUUACUGCCAGAACUUUGCGACCAGCUUCAAGGAGAGCGAAAUGAACGCGAUUGCGGCGGACAUGUGCACCAACGCCCGGCGCGUGGUGCGGAAAAGCUGGAUCCCUAAGCUGAAGUUGCUGAUGGCCGAGAGCGACGCCUACGCCAACUUCCUGCCAGACAGCAUCAAGAUGGAGGCUGACGCGCUGGGGGCCGAGCCGGGCUUCGAGCCCGCCGACCUGGAGGGUGGGGCUUCGGAGACGGGCGGCUCUACCGGCGAGUCACUGCAGGGUGUGGGCGGAGAUGGCGGUGCUUUGUUCCAGUGAUUGGAGAGGAGGAAGAAAUGGCAAAAAAGUGAAAAAGGAAACACCUCCCCUGCCCCCUCUCUUUUCCUUCUGCUGCCCCAAAAACCUGCCUACUGCCACCCUGCCUGCGACUCUGGACUCCGCUGCUUCUGCCUGGAGGUGGAGGGGUGAGGGGGGUCGGGGGUUUGACUCUGUCUGAAGAUUAGAAGAUGCUAGAUGGUCAGAGGAGUGAUCACAAAGUAGGAUUUUUCUUAACCAGGUAACUUGGGAGCAGAGUUUUGUUGGACAGUCCUCACUUUGGGCUUAAGUUAGCCAGCUUUAUAGAGAAAUCCUGCUUUGUGAACGCCCCCCAGGGGUGCCUGACUCCAUACCCGGAGUCCAGAGAGUUUAGCUAAAGCUGGCUAGGGCUGCAUGAUAUGGACACAGUAUUAGUACUGCGAUUACAUUGCUAUAUUGAUAGGACUGCGAUUUGCCUUACAGUUGGUCAAUCAAAAACGUGGUAAGAUUAUAGACUAGCCUGCAUUGUUUUGACCAAAAUUCUGUUACAUGAUAAAUUUUUUCCACCAGAAAGUCAUCUGGGGUUGAUUUUGGUCUGGAGGCUGCCGUGUGAUUGGUUAAAGCGCUCAUUAGCCUAUAGCGGUCUGCGAUAUCAGGCCAAUAUUGCAAUAACAAUUAACAAACCUGCUACACGUUGCAAUUGCGAUACACGGCUGAUAUCGUGAUGACCGUUAACAAACAAUAUAUCGUGCAGCCCUAUGUUCCUGCAAGCAUUGAUUACCUGGUUCCAUUAUGAAUGGAUCUCAAGGGCACCUUUGAGUUAGUGUACGGAUAACGGAGGAGUGAGACAGGGGUGCAUUUUCCUUCUAAAUCUUUUAUUUUUGAUCUUUUUUAUUUUGUAUUGUUUAUUGUUACGAAAUAACCCAUCUUUUUGCACAGAAGCCCCCCCUGCCUCCAUGCUUUGCAAAUAUGUAUAUCAUGAAUCCUGUUCAGAUUUUUGUAUUAAUUCAGAAUGAUGAAAAGGCCUCCCCCUCCCACUUUUUUUUUCUUUCCAUAUCUUUCUCAAACACACGCACACUCACUCUCGAGCGGUGGAGGUCUCGAAGUCUCCCUGAUCACACUGUACUGAUUUUUUUGAAUGUAAACGUCAGCAGCGCUUGGCUGUGCGAGAUUGUAUUUUGGCCCGAGAGAGCGAGACAGAGAGAGUUGCGAGAGUCGUAGCCACUGUAGCAAUGUAGAGGAACGGAGGGAUAGCACAGAGAGAAAGAGAAAGGUGUGGGCGGCUCACUCUUUCUCCAAAAUUAGAAAGAAUUGAAUUCCCUCCUUUACUCCUUUUCUUCUUCCUUAAACAAUCUGGCAUUUUGACCAGAAGGAGGAGGAAAAAACAAAGAAUAUUGUCCGUUUUAAGGUUUUUUUUUUUUUUUUUUUUGCCUUUUGUUUUUUCUCCCUUGUUUCUCUGCGUGUGAGACGUGGAUCCAGAGAUGUAAGAUUUUUAAGACUGUAAAGAAAAGGGGGACAGAAAGACUUAGUCAUAUUUUAAAAAUAUAUUUAUCUACUUGCACCUUUAGCGUGUGCACAAUGAGA